AUGAUGAUAGCCAAAGGCAAUUCGAUAGCAGAAACCUUGCGCCUGCUUAUGCCGUGUGAAUAUCCCGUGCACCGAACAUUCUUCGGACGCAACUGUUGUAGAGCUGCACUUGAGGCCUUGCUUGAGAGCGUCGACCGGGAUGUCGUGAUUAUUCGAGCUAGAGGACAUACGUGUCAUGAAGGUCUUGAAACAUUACCUCCGCGUCAACCGCGUCGCAUCACCUACCUACUUCCAAGGCGAACCAGGUCCCUUGAUUCGAUUCCAAGGAACGUCGGUCAAGACCAGGACGCUGCUUUAUGGGCGUGGUUGAAUUCAUUGACUCGGCAGAUCAAGAAAUGCAAAUGA